CAUUUGUACAUGCACACAUACAAAUAUAUAUUUUUAAGAGAGGAGAAAAAGAAUAGAGUAAUGGGUCUCACCGGAGUAACAUUGUUGGUCAGUCUCAUAGUGCUGACCGCCGUCACUAUUCCGUCAAACGCCUGCCCGCCGUCAGACCUAGCAGCAUUAAUGGACUUCAAAGCAGCUCUUAAAGAACCAUACUUAGGCAUUUUCAACACAUGGACGGGCAGCAACUGUUGCCAAGGUUGGCAUGGUGUUAGCUGUGACCCGACUACUCAACGGGUCGCUGACAUUGUCCUACGUGGCGAAUCCGAAGACCCGAUUUACGAAAAAACCGGCCGGUCUGGUUACAUGACCGGUUCACUCUCCACUUCUCUUUGCAAACUCGACCGGCUCACUACACUCAUUGUUGCUGAUUGGAAAGACAUUUCCGGUUCAAUUCCGGUUUGUCUUACUUCGUUACCGAAUCUACGUAUUCUUGAACUCAUCGGUAACAAAAUCACCGGUUCAAUUCCGGCGAAUAUCGGUCAGUUAAGUAAACUUACUGUUCUUAACCUAGCUGAUAAUCAGAUCUCCGGUUCAAUCCCCGGUUCAAUUGUCAAUCUCGGUAAAUUAAUGCACCUUGAGUUAAGCAACAAUCAACUGUCCGGUUCAAUCCCGGUCGAUAUGGGAAAACUCAAGAUGAUCAGCCGAGCAUUACUUAACAAGAAUAAACUCACCGGUUCAAUUCCUAGCUCAAUUUGCCAGCUUAGCCGGUUAGCUGAUUUGGAUUUAUCAAUGAACCAAAUCACCGGUUCACUUCCGGUUCAGCUAGGUUCGAUGCCGGUUCUUUCAACCUUAAACCUAGAUAGUAACCAGAUCUCCGGUUCAAUUCCUACUAAUCUCCUGAGUAGCUCCGGCUUAAAUAUCCUUAAUUUGAGCAGGAACUCAUUAGAAGGAGUGUUACCAGAUGUGUUUUGUUCAAAAACGUAUUUUACACAUCUGGAUUUAUCGUAUAAUAACCUUAGAGGUUCAGUUCCUAAAUCAUUAGCUUCAGCUAAGUACAUUGGUCAUUUGGAUUUAAGCCAUAAUCACCUUUGUGGCCCCAUUCCAAACGGGUCACCGUUUGAUCAUCUAGAAGCUUCAUCUUUCGCUAACAACGAUUGUUUGUGUGGAUCACCCUUACGUACUUGUUAGUUUGAAGUUUGUAAUUAAUCGAAAGUAUCGGUUGGUAACGGUGUAUUAUGUCGUAAUGGUUAAUUAUUGCUAAGUAAUGUUCAUGCCGUUGUAUCAUGCAAUGCACGUGAAAAUGCGUGAAAUUACCAAGAAAAAUUUAUUGGAGAAAUUGUAUGCUAUUAUUAUUUGUAAAUUGUAAAUCCCACGAACUUUUGUUUACUUAAUAAUUUGUUCUCUUUUUCUUAAA